AUGGAACCAAUUUUUGUUAUAGGUGUAGUGAACCAGAAAAGUAAGGAUCACGUUGGCUGUCUGGUGCACCGGGUGUUCAACGUGACCAUUCCAAAACCGGACGGCGAUGAGGAAGAAGAAGAAGUGUGGAAUCGUACGUCGGUCGGACAAGAUGUCCGCUUCAGGGUGGUCGCUUUCGACAUGACCUUGAAAAUACCAUCCAUUCAUGGACAAAUAUUAGACUCAUCAACUCGACAAUCAAGCAAUGCCUUGGAUGUGGAUCAUUGCUUGCAGGAGGCGUUGGGUAGUCAGAGUGAAUCGGUGACAAGUGAUGAAAGUGACAGUAAAAAUGACAAUCUAUCAAAUUCGAGUGGGGUUAAAUCACAAAAACCAAAUGUUGUGCAGGGAAUAGGUUCUGAAAAUAUAGAUAAUAAUAGGUUGAAUGAAAGUAGUUUAUGCAAAGCUAGUCUGAAUACUGAUAGAACGUCUCCAUCAUCCAGAAAAUGUGUUGAAGAUUCAAAAAAUAAGAGGAAUCACUCACUUUCAUUGUCACUCAGGGAAGCUAAGGUUGUAAAUACUGAAAUUGAUAGUGAUAAUUUUAUUCCUCCUUCACCCGUGAAACCGUUGAAAAGGUCAAUAAACGUUGAAAAGGUCUCGAAAGAUGUUGAUAGCGAGAAGAAUAAAGAAGGAACUAAUUUCUCCAACGAUGAAUUUGAGAAAACUGAGGAAGAGAAAAGUGCUUUCAAUGUUUCAACAUCCAAGAUAACUUUUAGAACCAGAAAAAACAAUCUAUGGAACAAUGAUGAGACGUUCGGCAAUGUUUCAAGUUUUUUAAAGAACUUGGAUUCUCCCCAGUCUUGUCUUCGACGGUCGGAGUCUCCCUCCAGCUCGAACAAUUCUCCCGCGACUAGUGACAAACACAACAGAUCGGUACGAUUUAGUUCUCAUGACAGUGUUCUAAGAUUCGAUGCAAAUACUAAAGGUUUAAGUAAUCACACCUCUGUAAGAAACAGCAUCACUCAAGAAGAAUCAAAAUCUCGAAAUUCGUCUGGGUCUCCUAAAAAAAUGGAAGUUCCUGAGAAAAAACUGUCAGAAACCAUCAAAUCACCUCCAAGAUCAGCUAGUCCCAAAAAGGUUUUGAAGUCUAACAUAACCUCUAACGAAAAACUUGGAGAAAUCAACAAACCAUCAUCUGAACAUAGAAAAUCAUCCUUGACACAAACCAUCGUGUCAAAAAGUUCCGAAUCGAGGAAUAGUGGUAAAAAUGCAGAUUCUGAAUCGAGCUCGGAUGAUAGCUUGGUAGGAAUGUCAGAAAAUAGGAAAUCACCUUUGACACAAACUAUCCUAUCAAAAAGCUCUGGGAAUGUUAGUAGAAAUUCAGAAUCCAAUUCGAGUUCUAAGGAUGGUUUGGUAGGGUUGCCUGAAAAAAGAAAAUCCUCCUUGACACAAACUAUCUUGUCAAAAAGUUCCGAAUCAAGGACUAUUGGUAGAGAAUCAGAUUCUGAAUUGAGUUCUGAUGAUAGCUUGGUAGGAAUGUCUGAAAAUAGGAAAUCACCCUUGACUCAAAAAGUUUCUAAAAGUUCUGAAAAAUCGGUGAAUGCCGGUAGAAAUUCAGAAUCGGAAUCGAGUUCUGAGGAUAGUUUGGUAGGAAUGUCUGAAAAUAGGAAGUCACCCUUGACACAAACUAUCGUAUCAAAAAGUUCUAAAAAGUCGGUGAAUGUUGAUAGAAAACCAGAAUCCGAUUCGAGUUCUGAUGAAAGUUUGGAAGAAAAUGAGGGAGUAUCGCAAACCAGAUUCAUGGAUUCCUCUAUGACCGUUGGAGAAUCGUUUAAGCAUACUGGUGUAAGUACAGAUUUUGAUUCAACUUUCUAUGAAAAACUCGAAAAAGAAGGUAAGCGCAAGGAAAGACCAUCAGAUGAGACAAAUAGUUCGGAUACACCUGAAAAUUUAGAUUCUGAUGAGAAAAUCGAGAGGAUAAACAAUAAAUCGCCCAAAAAUGUUAAAUCACCGGUAAAAGAUGUAAAAACCCCCAAAACAUCGCUCACGCCCAGGAGAGAUAGUGUGAAUUCUAUUCCAGCUUUAAAAGUUGAUGAAAGCUUUGAAAAGAGAAGGAAAAUGUUUUUGGAAAACACAAAAUCACCUGAAAAACGUCGAGACGUCUCGAUAGUUACUGAAACGCCAGAAAAACUAGAUUCUAAUGAGAAACUAGGACGACUUGAAUCGGUUGGAGGUUUGAACACUUCAAAAAAUGAUGUUGCAACGGCUUCUUCUGAUCAUGGCAAGAGCAAGAGGAAAUCGAAUGAAAAAGAAAGACAAAAGCUCAUGACUGAUGACAGUGAAAAAGGAGAGGCUCAAAACAUGCUACCUGAUGAAACUGAUAGUAGAAUUAGAACUAUCAUUGAUGAGAGAAGCAAUGCUAGCACCAAAUUUACAAGUAAUUUAAGUUCUAUCAAAAGCAGACAUUCUGUACCAGGAUUCAAUUUAGAUGAUGAAACUCCUAAAAGAACGAGAAGGGAUUCAGAGAAACAUGAUGAUGAUGAUAGGAGGCGUGUCAGUGGAAGUAGAAUCAUGGAAGUUCAGAGUGCAAACAUCAUUGAUGAAAGAAAAGGUAUGUUGAAAUCCAGCAGUAAAUCCCCCGUUUCUGUUCACAAGGCUCAUGAUAGCUUGGAAAGAAAUAGUAUGUCAAAGGAAGGGAAUCAGGUAGAUUGUGGAAGAAAAGAUUCCAUAAAAGUGAGUGAUGGUGUCAAUGUUAGAGUUGGCAGUCCCGAAAAAGCUAUUCGUGAAAGAGCCGCGUCGAUCUGUGAGGAAUCAACCGCGACGAUGCUUUUGAAAGAUGCAUUCUCGAAAUUUUGGGGAUCGAAAAAUCGAAAAUCGAGUGGAGCAAAAGUGGUGGAUUCGGUUGAUGCUAGUACAGUUGAAGACUCCAAUCAAGACACCGAUUUGGAUCAAACUAGUAAGAAAAGUGGUAAAGUCAAGCGCAAGUCUAUUGAAGCCAUUGUUAAACCUGCCGAAAAUCUAGUCAAAGAUGAUUUUGGGAAAGAAACGGAUAUGAAAAAGAACAUAGAAAAUUCGACUAGAAAAAGUUUAGAAAAGAAGCGAAAAUCUUUAGAUGGCAAUGUGAAGUCUGCUGAAAACGAAGCCAAAACUGUUAAUGUAAAAACUUCCAGUGAAGAUGAGAAUUUGGAUGAAUUGAUUAGAAAAAUCGAAGAUGCAAAGCGAAAGUCUUUAGAUAGAAAUGUGAGUACAGUUGAAGAAAGGGUACCUGAGAAUGCUUCUACGUUGAAAGAUACAAAUCAGAAUGCAGAUUCAGACAGAAUAGCAAUCAAGAUGAAAAAGAAAAAGAGUAAGGAAAGAGAAUUGGAUAAACGAAAAUCGAUAGAGGAAGAAGUUGGAAUCGAAGAGAAUUUGAAACAAGAAAAUAGGGACUGUUCUUUGAUCAAUUCAUAUCAGGACACAGAUGUAGAGAGAUUGUCUAAAAUGGGAAAGAAGAAAAAGAAACAUAAGGACAGAGAUUUUGAGGAUAGAGAAUCAGAAGAUAUUCUUUUGAAUGAAAAUAUGAACUUAUCUUUACAAAAUUCUAAAGAGGAAGUUGAUUUGGAAAAAGUAUCUAAAAAGCCGAAAAAGAAGAAAGAAUUAGAUGUUGGAAAAGCAGAAGAAUUGUGUGCAACGGAAGAAUGUGUAGAGCAAGAAAUCGUGAACAGGGAUUCAUCUGUACAAGAUUCAAAUCAAGAAAGAGACAUGAUUAAAAGAGUAAAAAAGAAGAAGAAACAUAAAGAAAAUGAGAAGACAGAAAGAGUGUUGGAACCUUUUACCACCGAAAACGUAGAAGUAUUGAGAAUUCUUCGUUAUUAA